AUGGACUUCCUGGAGGUGGCCCUUUCACACAGUGAGAGUGAGGAAAUCAAGGUUUGGUGUCCUGGAGAGGGGGCCUGUCAGGCAAUGGAGACCCUGGAGGAAGAGGUGCCCCUAUUCCUACCACCAACCCAACUUCAGGGCGGAGCUGAGCCGGCAGCCGAGAGCCGAAGCUCGGCGGUCCAGGCGCUCACAGCCAUGGGCAGGGGCUUCCAGAGAGCCUGGGGGUUGCCGGUGCUGCUGCUGCUGCUGUCGCUACUGCUGCUCCCGAGGCUGGUGCUGGGCGCCCGGGUGCUUCAAGGAUACGCCCCUGGAGAGCCAGCCACCCCUGGCUGGGUCCUGGAUGGACGACCCGGGCAGGUGAUCACCCUGAAAGAACCGGUCUCCACACUGGAUGCAGGGUUAAUGACCUUGGAGGCUGAAGGUCAGGAGCUCCUGCUUGAGCUGCAUAAGAAUCACAGGCUGCUGGCCCCCGGAUACACAGAAACCCACUACAGUCCAGACGGGCAGCCGGUGGUGCUAGUCCCCAGCCACACGGAUCACUGCCACUACCAUGGGCACGUGAGGGGCUUCCCCGACUCCUGGGUUGUCCUCAGCACUUGCUCCGGGAUGAGCGGCCUGAUCCAGCUCAGCAGCAAUACCACCUAUUACCUGCGGCCGGGAACUCCUGGGGACUCCAACGACUUCUUCACCCAUAGGAUCUUCAGGCUCCAGCAGCUGCUCUCCUGGAAAGGGGCCUGUGGCCACAGGGACUCCCAGGACAACGGGGACAUGGCCAGCCGCCCUCAUGCCCCGCCGAGCAGGGAGCGGCGCAGGGUCCCCAGGGGCCGGAGGUACCUGGAGCUGUAUUUAGUGGCUGAUCACACACUGUUCUUGAUCCAGCACAGGAACUUGAACCACACCAAACAGCGUCUCCUGGAGGUGGCCAAUUAUGUGGACCAGAUUCUCAGGACCUUGGACAUUCAGGUGGUGCUGACCGGCCUGGAAGUGUGGACCGAGCAGGACCAGAGCCGCGUCACGCCAGAUGCCAAUGCCACGCUCUGGGCCUUCCUGCGGUGGCGCCGGGGCCUCUGGGCACGUCGGCCGCACGACUCGGCGCAGCUGCUCACGGGCCGCGCCUUCCGCGGGGCCACUGUGGGCCUGGCGCCUGUCGAGGGCAUGUGUCGCGCCGAGAGCUCCGGAGGCGUGAGCAGGGACCACUCGGAGCUCCCCAUCGGCGCUGCAGCCACCAUGGCCCACGAGAUUGGCCACAGCCUUGGCCUCAGCCAUGACCCAGACGGCUGCUGCACAGAGGCCGCGGGAGAGCCGGGCGGCUGCGUCAUGGCAGCGGCCACGGGGCACCCGUUCCCGCGCGUGUUCAGCGCCUGCAGCCGCCGCCAGCUGCGUGCCUUCUUCCGCAAGGGGGGCGGCGCGUGCCUUUCCGACGCCCCGGAACGCGGGCUCCCGGCGCCGCCCGCUCGCUGCGGCAACGGAUUCGUGGAGGCGGGCGAGGAGUGUGACUGUGGCUCCGGCCAGGAAUGCUCGGGACCUUGCUGCUUCGCUCACAACUGCUCGCUGCGUGCCGGGGCUGAGUGCGCCCACGGGGACUGCUGCGCGCGCUGCCUGUUGAAGCCGGCGGGCACGGUGUGCCGCGCGGCUGCGGGCGACUGUGACCUCCCGGAGUUCUGCACCGGCUCUUCUCCGCACUGUCCCCCUGACGUUUACCUCCUGGAUGGCUCACCCUGUGCCGGGGGCCACGGCUACUGUCGCGACGGCGCCUGUCCCACGCUAGAGCAGCAGUGCCAGCAGCUCUGGGGGCCAGGCUCCCGUGCAGCCCCGGAGGCCUGUUUCCAGGUCGUGAACUCGGCGGGAGACGCCCAUAGGAACUGCGGCCAGGAUGGGGAGGCCAGCUUCGUGCUUUGUGCACAGAGGGAUGCUCUGUGCGGGAAGCUGCAGUGCCAGGGUGGGGAGCCAAGGCAACUCCCCCCACACAUGGUGCCCGUGGACUCCAUCAUUCACCUGGAGGGCAGCGAGGUGACUUGCCAGGGAGUCUUUGUGCCCCCUGAUGCCCAACUGGACCUGCUGGACUUGGGCCUGGUAGAGCCAGGCACUCAGUGUGGACCUAGGAUGGUGUGCCAGGACACGCACUGCCAGAACAUCACCUUCCAGGAGCUGCAGCGCUGCCUGCCUACCUGCCACGGGCGUGGGGUUUGCAACAGCAACCAUAACUGCCACUGCACUCUGGGCUGGGCUCCCCCAUUCUGCGACAAGCCAGGCUUUGGUGGCAGCGUGGACAGCGGCCCUAUGCAGGCUGGACAUGGCGAUGCCUUCCUGCCGGCCAUGGUCCUCAGCUUCCUGCUGCCUCUGCUUCCCGGGGCCGGCCUGGCCUGGUGCUGCUACCGGCUCCCGGUGUCCCGUCGCCAGCGACACCCCUGGGGCUGCAGGAGGGACCCCUCGUGUAGUGGGCCCAAAGAUGGCCCAGGUAAGGACCACCCCGUGGAGUUGGCCCCCCUGCCACUGGAGAGCCCCAGCCCCCAGGUGAGUGUGCCAGGGGAAGUAGACCACCUUUGA